AUGCUCGACUUUGAAGAUGAUGCGUCUAAACGCGAAAAAUGCUACACCACCAUAGGCCAACUGCCUGCUUUUAUCGAUCCCAAGCAGCCGCCCACGAAACGGUCCCCCUGCUCGGCCAUCCUUGGCCAUCCAUUCGUUCACACGGCUCUUAUACUGUGGUUGUGCUGUGACAGUUCCUCAUCAUAUGUUGAAGUCAUUUUGCCAAAAGACAUUUUCUCGCAUGUGCAACCCCAGCUGCAAAAGCUGCGAUAUGCUAGAGUUUUUAUGUCGCUAUCUUCUCUGCUCGAGGGUGAAUUCUUCAAUACUUACAUCAAGACCGGUAAUUAUUGCGUUUUCCACUCUUCGUCGCCUCCUGGCUGGGGCGCAAAGGCCGAUAUAGUAGCUAACAUACAUGGUAUAGGGAAUAUUCUCAUGAUAUCAGAGGGACGCUCAGGCUCAGACAGUGUCUUCACUCUUAAAGAUGGCCCCCUAGGCAUCCUAAAAUUGGAGCUGAGCAAAGAAAUCUUCGAAAGAACAGGGCUUACAGGGAAGCCGGUUCGCAGCGGAGGAAGAAAGCAUGCAAAAGAGAGGUUCAUCGUGGAAAUCAACCUUCGACUUCCCUCCAUGCUUCACGGCAAGAAGGGCUUCGAGAGAAUUGUAUGGGCUUUCAAGAACGUUUUAAACCAAUCAGUAGCCUGGCUAUUCUUCGAUCUUACAACUAGCUCGGGUGGCGUUUCAGAAGAUGACCCCUCCCUAAAGGGAAACCAGCCCCAAAUCAUCAAUUGCCAGCCUAUUUUCACCGAGCACUCCAAUAUCCUUGUCCCUCCUCUCCCUGGAGCAGAAAUCACAGACGAGUCCCGCGGAGCAGCAGAACUAGAAGACCACUGCAACGAGCUCUCCGAAUGGCUUGCAAUGGUAUCCCUCGAAUCGCCUCGCGUGUCGGCUCAUGACGAUGUGGAUCCCUAUCUAUGUCGUUACAGUGUACCCGAUUUGGAUAAUGCAAAGUCCACCAGUCUUGUCAGCCUGAAGUGGCAAGGACUUGUCCCGUCUCGUUGGAUCAUCGAAUUAUUGGUCGCGUUAUUGAAGGAAACUGCUCCCAAGUCUCUUGCCCCGUACGCUUGGUUCGCGCUUUCUGCGAGUGCGCUGGGAAGAGAAGCCGUGGAGGCACGCGAUGGGUACACGGUUAUGGUGCUUCCGGCACAUGUGCCAAAGCAAGAUGUGUUGGGGGUGCAGGCAGAUAGUCCGUCUAAGGGUAAUGGCCGGCACUUUAUAUGUUGGGAGUACGUCGGUGCUUCGAUUCUAUGA